CGACGAAAUAUUUUACAUUAAACUUUUUACAAUAGUCAAUUUCAGAUGUGCAUAAAUAUAUCAUUAGGAAUGUUGAUAAAUUAUGUAAGUAAUUAUUAUUAUCAGACUAUUAUCAUUUUUUUAAAUAUUAUUUAAAUCAACAUUGUCUGCAUUAUUAAUUACAGUGACAAGUGGUUUAUGGUAACUAAAAUAAGACAUAUGAACGUUCGUAGAUACGUGGUUCACGAAUCUUGAAAAUACCGCAUCAAUGGUUGUACCAUACCUCGUUGUCCCCAUUGCUCUAUCAGAAACAAUAUCUAAAUUCAGUUCAGAUUUUAAAAAUUUCAUUAAUGUCAAUCCGUCAUCUUUGUUUGUCAAAGUUGCGCGUCAUAGGAUGCGCACCAAAAACGUAACGAGGUCAUUCAUCGAUAGAUUUUACUCCUCACAUUUUUCUCAUACCGGGCCCCUUAUAUAUGCAAAUCGAUUCUUAAGGAGUAAACUCCAAAAAUCUUGCAUAAAACUUUAUAUUCAGGAAAAAGUAUUGACGUCAGAUGGAUUUUCAAUUCUGCCUUGUCAAUAGACAAUCUAAUAAGAUUAGCAGGGAUCUCCGGCAGACCACGGAGUUUUUUUUUUGAGAGUAUAAAUUUUCAGAAAUCCCGCGGCACGCUGCACAUCUCCAUCGGUGGCCGCCGAUCUUGCUAAAUAUCGAUUGAAAUAAAUCUUGUUAAACUCUAAUAAUAAUGUUUUGACAUUCUUGCAUAAACAUCAAUGUCAAUUUAACUCUUGUAUGGGUUAAGUAUAUCUAGAUUUAGUUUAGCAGAUUUAGCAAAUUGUUGCAAGUCGGCCUACGACCAAAAACACGUGUGAAUAAUUAAACCAAAUAUAGCGAAUGAGUAUACGUUUCACGUGUAAUAUAUAUAUUUCAUAUAGGUAUCUACGUUUAUCGACUUUUUACAAUACAAUGUUCUAGUUGUGGGGAAAAAAUUGUACACAAUAUUUUGUAUACUUUACCUUGUAUCUCUGAUAUGUAUUUAUUUAUGUAAAAGUAAUAUAAUGGUUGAAAAGUACAAUUUUUGUCCUUAAGGAUAAUAAUAAACAUGAACAUAAUCAUAUUCAUCCUGCAAAAUACUUUGGCAUCGCUUAACAAAGCAUCACGUUUCCUGGAUUUGUGGGUUUGUGACUGAUGUGAGGUGAUGGUAACAAUAAAAUCAUUUAUUUGUGUGCGUGGACACCUUCAACAUUCUCCUGUGAGCGUAACUCACAGGAAAAUGAAUUGGGCACGCAUUACCUCGCUUGUUUUGGUUAAGAGACGGCUUCUAGGCCUUUUAUUGUAAGCCUUAACCGUACAUUUAUCAUCACGCUAUUAAUGCGCCCACUGCUGGGACGCAGGUCUUCCCUAUGGACAGAAGAGGGGUCAAGUCAUGUCAUGGCCCUUUUUUUGUCUGGGAAAUGCCUUACGCAUCCUGCAACUACCGGGGGAGCGAGAAGAAGGUAUGUGGGACUCCCUGCUCAUUACAGCGAGCCCUUGAGCCGGGUGAAAUGAGCAGGCCGUACUACGCCCUGAACAGGGCCACUUAAAACCAGACAAUACUCCUGCACCGGUCACCCGGCGUACAUUCUGAGGACCGCAGUGCCCCCAAUGCACGCCGGGAGUGCGAGUGUGGUCGCGACAACCGUUGCCGACUGUCUGCGCACCCGCAAGGUGAUUGUCCGCAAACGGACCCACCCAGAUGAAGAUGCCCCGGAGUUUUAGGGGCAUCAGCAUCCAGAGAGAUGCCAUGUCAUGACCCACCAUGAGGACCCAGUGCAGAUUUUGGUUGCUGACGACUGCAGAUGCAGCCAGGAUCAACGGCACACGUAAGAACUCGAGAUCACAAAUUUCUGGUCACCGAUCCUUUGAACGGCCAUUGCUAAAGUUGUGUCAAUUCGACGACCUCCGUGGCCGAGUGGUUUAUACGCCGGAUUUUAUGGUGUCGCCGACUCAAGAGGUCCCGGGUUCGAAUCCCGGUAGGGGCAGAUGUUUGUGUGAUGAAUACGAGCAUUUCUACUCCAGUCAUGGAUGUUUAAUGUGUAUUUCCAUAUAAAUAUACUUAUAUAUGUUCAGUAUAUGUAUUCUAUCCGUUACCCUAAUAUCCCAUAACACAAGCCUUACAGUGCUUACUUUGGGGCUAGGCUAAUUGGUGUGAGUGUUGGAAAUUUUUAUUUAUUUAUUUGUUUAUAUUUCCACGAUCGCAGACAAAACACACUAAACAAUGCGCCAUCGAGCUGCCUUAUACACCACUAUCCCUAAGUAUUUAUAUUUAUGCUAAACUUGGCCCAAUCUCCCUUUUCCAUCCAUAGGGAAGGCCUGUGCCCCAGCAGUGGGAACAUUAAUAGGCUGAUGAUGAUGAAGGUAAGGUUUCCAAACUCUCCGUGGAGUAUAAGAGAAUUCGAUCAAGGCUAAGUACAAGUAGGCUGGAUAAUAUUUAUGAAAGUACAAUACAUACUCGCCGUAGAAUAAAAAGUUACCAAAUCGACAUAUGGCCAAAAUUGAGUUAGAAAUAUCAUCAAAAUUACCAAAUUUCCUUAUGUAUGUCAACCUUGUAUCCAUAUCCAUGUUUAAUGACUAAUACUUCUGAUUUUACACCGUUGCAAAAAACACUAGUAUGUUUACUUUUAGGCUACAACACAUUAUCUUAGUCAAGUUAGGUAGUUCCCUUUUUAUAAAAUAAAUCAUAGCUGGAACAUACUGAAUUCACGGCAAAAUGAACUAGGUACAAUGACUUAAUAAGUUUUAGAAUGGCUGGUUAUCCUUUUUAUAAAGGACCCAAACAGAGAUAAAGGGUCACUAAUUCUAUUCACAACUUGUAAGCUAAAAAUGUUAAUACGUAUCUCCUGAAUUUGAAACCUCCAUAGUAACUCAAAACAUGUUGUGACCUACUUGGUGACUUUUCGUUCUACGGCCAUUCAGAGAAAUCAUUUUUUGUGCUUGAUUGAUUACUUAUUAUAAUCACUUUUUCCUUUAAAAACUAUAAGUAAGAUGUGUUGAUAACCUGUUUAGAAUGUAAUUUUUAAUAAGGUAUAAGUGUGUGCGGAAAUGUAUGUUUCAUUCAUUUAUCCUACAUUGAUAGUGUAAAUGAAAAUAUGUCACGCUGUGCGCAUCCUACAGCUGAUAAUAAUUAUGAUAUCACAUUGGUUUUUGUGCUUCUUUGUUGUAUAAGAUUGUUUUCUGGUCGGCCUACGGUUACGAAUAUAAGAUAUCAGUUUAUAUUUUUCUGUAUUUUUUCUAAUACAAAACACCAGAAACUCAGUGCUACAGAACCUCCCUUCAGUUUUGUAGAAUGCUUCGGCCGUUCACUGUGCUUACGCAUCCGUCAUUCAGUAGCCAAGUAACAUUCACUUGAGCGCGACGUUCGCAUGAUGCGUUUACAAAUAUUUUUUUCGAUAUUCACCUCCGUUAUCUGCUUGGACGAGACAUACCAAAACAAACGCGCGAAACUUUUGAGCGAUGAGUUCAAACUUACUCUCGGCGGAAGCCUCAAUUUAACUGACAAAGAAGGGGAAGUAAACAAAUGCCUAAUGCAAUACAAAAACAAGGAAUUGAACUACGCCUUCGACCAUCCAGAGUAUUAUAACCUGUCGCACCAUUUCUUCACUUACAAGAAGAAGAUACGAGAAUCGAAGGUGUACCAAAUAAUAAAAGAUCUGCCGAAGGGUGCCGUGCUUCAUGUACACGAUAUGGGGAUAUUGGGUCCCGAUUAUCUGAUGAACGUGACGUAUAUGGACAAGUUAUAUGUGUGCUUAUCUUAUCCAGUGCAGUUAAGGUUCGCUGAGAAAACGCCUAAACUAUCUUGCGCAUCGUCGUGGCAGCUCAUGAGUGAAGCUAGGCGAAAAACGACUAACGUUACCAAAUUCGAUCUAGAGUUAAGGAAGUUAUUUACAAUUGUUGUUGACAAUCCCGAUGUAGUCUAUCCUAGUAUAACGCAAUCAUGGGAUGUUUUCAUGAAGUAUUUUCUCACUGUGUCGCAGAUGUUGUCCCAUAGACCUGUAUGGGAGCAAUACUUCUACGACGCCCUAAAAAAGUUCAGAGAAGACAACAUCAUGUACGUGGAAGUCAGAAGUAUCCUACCUAAUUUGUACGAACUGGAUGGUACAACUUACGGCCAAAUUGUGACUGCAAAAGCGUAUAGAAAAGCGAUAAACAGAUUCAUGAAAGAUUAUCCAGAUUUCAUUGGUGCUAAACUGAUUUAUGCACCGCCAAGAAAAGUCGAUACUGAAGCGGUGAAAAUAGAUUUGGAUUUAGCGCUUGAGAUUAAGCAUAACAUGCCGGAACAUUUCGCUGGAUUCGACUUGGUCGGUCAAGAGGAUAAAGGGAAACCGCUUAAAGAUUUUGUGCCGCAAUUGGAAACAACUGCAAAGGAACUCAACUACUUCUUUCACGCUGGAGAAACGGAUUGGUACGGGUCACUGACAGACGAAAACUUGGUUGAUGCAAUUCUGCUUGGAGCGAAACGCCUAGGACACGCUUACGCUCUCCCAAAACAUCCUCUGCUCAUGAAAGAAGUUAUAAAGAACAAUAUCGGUUUAGAAGUUAACGUGGUGUCAAAUACUGUGCUAUCUUUGGUGCGUGACUUAAGAAACCAUCCUCUAAGUGUGUUCUUUGCAAAUGAUCUGCCAGUUGUACUUUCCAGCGAUGACCCGGGGGCUUGGGAAGCAGAUCCUAUCACUGACGACUUUUAUGUGGCCUUUAUGGGAGUUGCUAGCAAACAAUCUGAUCUGAGAAUGUUGAAGAAGUUAGCUCUAAACUCUUUGGAGUACAGUGCGUUGGACAAUCAAUCUAAGAAUGAAGCUUUAAAGAGAUUUAAUAGAAAAUGGGAUGAGUUCAUGAAAAAAUUUAAGUGUUCGUCUUAUUAAACGGAUUGGAUGUGAGUUUGUAAUUAUUGCUUUAUCCAUGUCUACAGGUGAAUUACUUUUGUCUGACUCUUUGUUCGUGAGAAAUCACGUCCGAGCGAUAACAUUUAUAGCGGUAGCUAGUUAUUAAAAAGACACAUCAAAGUCAUACGCAUUACUUUGACAGAGACACACUUUUCAUCCCUCCAAUUUUGAGUUAUGUGCCUAGAGUGGUUGCGUCAUUCAAAAGAUACUUUGCAUAUUUC